AAUAUUGGAAAAAGUAAAAUGUGAUACACAGAAUCUGAACCCACUUGCGGAAAAAAGAAAUGUAAAUUGCUCGACUCGACCAUUUGCUUCUGUUUCUCCGUCCGAACCCUGUUUCCAAUACAAAUUGCCGAGUUUGGUUCCUUGCAAUUCUCUCUCUGUAUGUAUUCAUCCCCCAUACACUUUCGUGUUUAAAUUAGGCAAAAUCUUUGAUCUGGGUCAUAGCCAAACUUCUAUCUGGAUUCAUGAUCAGUGAUCGAAAUUUUGGUUUCGUGGUUUUGAGCCUGAUUAGUGAUUACUAUGCUCAUUCUUCUGCCUCCCUUAACCACCAAAAACAGUGAGUGAUCCCCAGCUUGAGGCAUCACUUGUUUGGUAUAUAGAAGCAUGAUUGUUGUGCCAACUCUCAGUUUGGCCUCUAUUCAAGGAUUCCCAACCAGAAAAGAUUCGGAGAGAUUGUAUAAAUCUCGUCCCUACCAUGUCUUGUUGCAAUGUAGUCGAGUCUCAGAUUUCAAAGCAUCGGAAGCUACUUCGAUAACCUGUGGACAGAAAAGAAGGUGUGGCUGCUAUGAUAUGCACAAUGUGCUAGUUCCUUACUCUGUAGCAUGGUCUUGGCAGAAGUCCAUAGUUAAGGAGAGGAAGACACUAGUCGAAAUAAACCAAGACCUUUGUGACUCACUGAUUGUUUUACAACAUCACCCAGUUUAUACAUUGGGUACUGGUAGUUCAGAAGACUACGUGAAUUUUGACUUAAAGGACGCUCCUUAUGAUGUUUACCGAACGGAACGUGGUGGUGAAGUUACAUACCAUGGGCCUGGCCAGCUAGUAAUGUACCCCAUUCUCAAUCUCCGCUACCACGAGAUGGAUCUUCAUUGGUACUUUAGGGCACUUGAAGAGGUGGUUAUUCGUGUUCUUUUCUCAACAUUUUCUAUCAAGGCUUCCCGGGUUGAGGGUAUGACUGGUGUUUGGGUUGGAGAUCAGAAAUUAGCUGCUAUUGGCAUACGAGUAUCGCAAUGGAUAGCAUAUCAUGGCUUAGCACUUAAUGUCACCACUGAUCUAACUCCCUUUCAAAAGAUAGUUCCAUGUGGGAUACACGACCGUGGUGUUGGAAGCAUAAAGGGAUUGCUAAGAGAACAUUCGUUGUCCAAAGGAGCUGGAAUGCAUCAUAUGGAGGACAGCCAACUGCUUGAUAUCACUCACAAAUCAUUGGUCAAGGAGUUUUCUGAAGUAUUUCAAGUUGAACUCCAACAAAAGGCAAUCUCUGAAUUGGUGUUCUCAAAGGGGUAACCAUCAACUUUGGUAACUGGAUUUUAAUUUAGCUCGGGGCUAAUCGCAGCUUAUCUAGCUCAUUUCAGACACAGAAAUGAAUUUGUUGAACAUUGGAAAUUUUGUGGGUUCUUAUACGUUCAUAGAUUAUUCUGGUGCUUUGGCGAGAACAAGAAAUAGGCGAUGCAUCAUCCUUGUUGCUAGACGCAUCCUUGUUGCUACGUACAUCGACCUUGACAAAUGCAUCAAAUUUAACCCACAAUCAUAGGAGGACUACAAGCUUGGGGGCUCGACGAAACAGAAAGUAUCAGCACUAAGAAACUUCUUGGAAUUAGCAGUGAGAGAAAAAGCCCGGCAUUCAUUUGCUCAUUUAUGUUCAUAGUUGAGUCUAUUAAAAGGUGGACCAGCCUCAACAUGAUGAUUAGAGGAUAACUCUGAUCGUCCACCUCUAAUGACUAAUGUGACGCGUUCUGUCCCAGUUUUAUGAUCAAUGGGAUCAGUCGGCUAUCGGCUAGAGCUCGGGGCUAUUAUUCGUCGGUGGAGACAAAUCAUAAAUUUUAUUUUAUGGAAUGCAGAGCAAACAUCCUGGGUAGCUUGUAUAUUUCUUUAUGGUGUACCAGAUCUUUUACAGUUAUAUAUACUAGUCUGAUUUGUUUGUUGAUGUCAUAUUCCUCGGAAUCGAUCCCCUCUUCACUGCACAAGGUAUAAGAAAGCUACAAAUUCGUGGAUGUGACAAUUAUCUAUUGAAUGAUUGGUGUUAUCUCAACAGUCCAAUUUCUUC